GCACGAUGCGCAAAAGUUGCCGGGAAAAUGAGAAAACGCCGGUGAGUUUUUGGUUCGGCGACUUCGAAUCAGAGCGUCCGUCGACGCCGGUUAAAGCACUGAAAAAGGAAACUUCAUCCCGAAAAGUUUUCAACCACUCCCCCCUAAACAGCACUUAGCCGGAAUGAUUUCUAAAGUGUCCGGUCGUCUCCCGGAUUUCUAGUAACUUGAUAAACGUUCCAUAGAUUAUUCGAUUUCCCAGUGAUUUAGUUCUAUGUAUAUCCCUCCCCCUAAUGUUGGGGAAAUAAAUGGAAAACGUGGGAAAAAAAAGAACAAUCGAAGCAGACGAUCCAAGUGAAAAUCGUUUGACAUUUGUGUAGGCAUAAUCUGCUUUAGUGUUUUGUUUGUUGAUAGUAACUUUUCCUUCCCGAUGGAUGCUUUACUUGGUCUGUUUUAGUAAAGAGCUUUGCUUGAAAAAAAUUGUUUUCGGAAGACUAGAAUAUCAAGCAGUUUUUUAGAUCCUUCAACUUCAUCUUAGUGAACAAAUGACGAAAAUAUUUAGAAUUAGAAUAACUUUGAAGAAUAAUUCUUAUUAGUUCUUCAUGAAAACAGGAUUUAAGAUGAUUCUCAGGUGGAUCUUCAUUCUAGCAUGGAUACCGACACUACUUUGUCUUAUUCAAGAUUCCUAUGAAGAAAGCAUUAGUCCUCAGAGAAUAAAGCACGAACCAACAUAUUUUGUGACCGCUUCUAAAACUGUUCGUCCUGGUCAAGUGUAUAGUAUAUCUGUUGCUGUCUUUAAAUCUUCAAGUCCAAUCAGUGUUCGAGCUUCUGUACAGAGGGAUGGAGUGGAAUUGGCAUCUGCUACUCAGGAGUGCCGAUCUGGCAUACCAGAAACACUCUUAUUAAAAAUUCCCCCAACUAGUCUUUUAGGAAGUUACAAAUUGAAAGUAGAGGGAGAUGUACAUGGUGUACUGAGCGGUACUGCUUUUUAUAAUGAAACUGAGCUUCAAUAUUCUCAAAAAUCUAUGACUAUUUUUAUACAGACUGACAAACCUAUAUAUAUGCAGGAUCAAACUGUUUUUUUCCGUGCCAUACCAGUUACAACGGACAUGAAAGCUUUUUCUGAUGCCGUUGAUGUAUAUGUUUUGGAUCCUAGAGGCACUAUCAUGCAACGUUGGCUUUCUCGACAGACGAACCUAGGUGCUGUGAGUUUGCAAUAUCAAAUAUCGAAACAACCGAGGUUUGGAAACUGGACGAUCCGAGUUGUCGCCCAAGGGCAAGUAGAAGAAAAAAGUUUUUUUAUAGAAGAGUAUUAUCAGACUCCCUUUGAAGUGAAUGUAACUUUGCCAGCUUUCAUUAUGGAAAAUGAACAAGUUGUGAGAGGUUUUGUCACAGCCAACUACACAAGCGGAUCACCAGUGUUUGGAAAUUUAACUGUUAAAGCGAGAAUUGAAUCUCUGCAUACGCAAUAUAAAGACUUCGGGCAACUACCAGAAACUAAAUUGUUUGUAAACAACUUCGAGGGAUAUUUGGAUUUCAAACUGCCCAUGACAGAUCUUCGGAAAAUGAUUUCCCACCUGGACCACUCUAAGCUGUCUGUUUACAUCGAAGUUGGAGAGAGGUACAUGAGUCAGGUACAAGUGGGAUUCGCUCAAUCCAUCAUAUUCAAAUCAAGUAUAAAACUGAGGUUCCUCGGAUCCAGUCCUCAAGUUUUCAAACCAACAAUGCCCUUCAAAUGUUACGUAGCUGUAUCAUUUUAUGAUGGUUCAUCUUUACCUGCUUGGAGAGUAGAAUCCCAGAAACUUGAAUUGAAGACGGUUGUUUUCUUCAGAACUGGUGCACAUCAGGAGUUGGAAACUCGACACGAACAGAUGUCUCCUGUUCAGUUCGGAAUUUGGGAAAUCAACAUCGAUCUCAUAUCAGUAUUCGGGACGCUUUCAGCUCUCAAUGAUGUCCAUUCGAUGUCAAUAGAGGCUAAGUAUGUGGAUCAUUCAGGAGAAGAAGUAAGGACAUCAUUAUUGGCAUAUGCUUCUUACACACCAUCUAAUCGACACAUGCAGGUCUCAACUAGUACAAGAAACGCUAAGGUUGGAGAAUAUAUUAUUUUUCAUGUUAGAGCUGAUUACUACGUGGAACAGUUUUCAUAUUUAAUUUUGUCGAAAGGGAUAGUUUUGUUUUCGGGUGUUGAGGAAAUGCCGGCGAGCAUCAAAACGUUUGCAGUUCCUCUGUCAUCGGAAAUGGCACCCACAGCCUCCAUCGUAGUGUACGACAUCGCAAGGGAAGGCGAAGUAGUUGCUGACAGUCUCACUUUUUCUGUCGAUGGAAUAUCCAGAAACAAUUUUACUGUUACUCUAAAUAACAAGAAGGACAAAACUGGUGAAACCAUAGAAGUUAUAGUGGAAGGCCAACCAGGUACAUAUGUUGGAUUGUCUGCAGUGGAUCACGUGUUGCAUCGAAUGCGUACUGGAAGUGACCUGAGUCCCGCUGAGGUGAUGGAAAAAAUGAAUGCUUUUGACGAGCAUAGGAACGGAACCCUGUCUUUCUCGUGGCAAUCACGAACUGGAAAAUCAAAUAGAUUCGUGAGUUUUCCCACAGCUUCUUACGGCAUCGAUGCUUACAAGAUAUUUGAGUAUGCUGGGCUAGUAGUUUUUACUGAUGCACACAUACCAAAACAAAAAGAUGACUGUGUUGAAGCUGCUGGACAGAGAGCUUGCAUGGAUGGAACUUGCUACAAAUCUCACAAAAGAUGCGAUGGUUUUGUAGAUUGUGCUGAUGGAUCUGAUGAAAGUGGAUGUCCUUCCACUAAGCAGAUAAACAUCCCGGAGUUCCAUCGAAUUCGAAUAAACCGCAUUCAGAAAAUGUACGACAGUUCUUGGCUCUGGAAGGACAUAAAUAUUGGACCUUUGGGCCAUUACAUUUUUAAUAUUCCUGUUCCUUCGAUUCCCACCACUUGGAUCAUCAAUGCUUUUGGCAUGAAUUCAGGUCAAGGUUUUGGUCUACUUUCACAACCUGUACAGUUUUCUUUUGAGCGACCUUUUACUAUGAACUUAGAAAUGCCAUCCAAGUGUAAAUUGGGAGAACAAAUUGGAUUACGUAUAACUGUCUUCAAUUACUUUCAUGUUGAAAUAGAAGCUCUGGUUAUUUUGGGUAGUUCACCUAACUACAAAUUUGUUCAUGUGGAGUCUUUUGGUGUUGUUCAAUCAUAUGAUCCACGAACAUCAUCUGAAGAACAACAUCAUUUGGUUUUUAUUAAAUCAGGGAAAUCAGCUGUUGUUUAUAUGCCUAUUGUUGCUACAACCACCGGUGUUAUAAAUGUUACUGUCAUGGCGAAAUCUCAACUGGCUAAAGAAAUUAUCACUCGACCACUUUUGGUGAAUUCAGAAGGCAUACCUCAGCAAAAGCAUUCGAGUGUCUUACUCGAUUUAUCCCAAGGAGCGUAUUUAAUGAAGUAUAUGGAUACAAAUAUUACAGAAAGUCCUAUUGUGCCAUACAGGCAUGAACGUCUCUACGUUUUUGGUUCGAACAAGGCUACAGUGUCUGUAUCAGGAGACUUUAUCGGUUCUGCUUUUCCUCAUAUGCCUGUGAAUACUUCAACUUUGUUGAACAAGCCUGAUUGGUGUGGCGAACAAAAUAUGUUUAACUUUGCCGCCAACUUGUACACUUUGCUCUACUUAAGGCUAAGUGGACAGAGACAGCUGGAAGUUGAAAAAGAAGCAUUCAAGCACUUAAAUGUUGGCUAUCAGCGUCAAUUAAGUUAUCAAAAAGCUGAUGGUUCCUUUUCGCCAUUUCGUUGGGAUACACCUUCUAGCGUAUGGUUGACUGCAUUUUGUGCGAGAAUAUUUCAUAAAGCAACAUUUCAAGAGUGGGAAAAUUUUCUGUUUAUUGAUCCUAAAGUGAUCGGUAAAGCCGUAUCCUGGUUACUGGAUCACCAGAGUUAUGAAGGAGCAUUUUUCGAAACAUCUCUCAAUCCUCUGGAUAGAAAAAUGAAUCUAACUUCAGGAAGAUUGAAGGAUCCAGUUCGAUAUAGAAAUAUUUCAUUGACUGCUCACGUUCUUAUUACACUAGCUGAAAUGAAUGAUUUAACUGGAGACAUAGGCAAUAAAGUUGCAAGAGCCAAACGGAGUGCCCAAAGAUAUCUGGAGAAGAUGUUGCAUACUGUUAAAGAGUCCAAAGAACCCUAUGAAAUCGCAAUAGUUGCCUACGCAUUGACUUUAGUCAAUAGCGUCGAUGGGGAAGUCGCAUUCAAUUUUCUGGACAGUAAGAUGAAGGAAGUGGCAGGUACGCGAUAUUGGUCCAAAGACAUCGUUCUGCCAACUUUGGCGAGAGUCGAGAACAACAGACCAUACGUUAUGCCACGGUUACCACAUAAAUAUGAUUCUGUUAAUGUUGAAACAACAGCCUACGCCUUGUUGGUUCACGUCAAACGCCAAGCUGUGAUACAAAGAGAGAUCGUUCAAUGGCUGAAUACGCAGAGGUCUACGGCUAAUGGCUGGGCUUCCACUCAGGACUCUAUCAUUGCCAUGCAAGCUCUUAUGGAGUAUGCCAUUCAGUCCAGGGUCAGAGAUGUAAUGGAUGUAACCGUGACUGUUGAGUCGCCAUCUACCGUUGGAUUUUCGAAGCAACUUCAGAUUGACGAGGACAACUACUCUGAGUUGCAAACUGUCGAAAUUCCGAACGCUUAUGGAGCUGUUAUUGUGAAAGCCCAAGGUUCUGGGUUGGCUCUGGUGCAGCUAUCGGUGCAGUACAACGUGGAGUGGAAGCAUCUAAUGACGCCACCUCCGAUUCCUGCUUUUAAUCUAGACGUGGCAAUUUAUUUCUGGGGUCGCAACAAUUCUCACAUAACUUACCAAUCUUGUCAGAACUGGAACCUACUGUCCGAGAGCAGGAUGAGCGGAAUGGCCGUUCUCGAAGUGGACUUGCCAACUGGGUACAUUAUUGAACAGCAUGAACUUCACGGUUACGUUCGUUCGAACAGAGUUCGUAAUUUGAGGGAAGGUCGUUUUGAAGAAGGAAAAAUUACUUUUUAUUUUGAAUAUCUUGAUAUAACUCCGACUUGUGUCAAAUUCACAGUGCAGCGUUGGUUUCCAGUAGCAAAUAUGACACGGUAUUUGCCCGUUAAAGUGUAUGACUACUAUGCACCAGAAAGAUACAAUGAAACGAUGAUGGACAUGUAUAAUCUCUUUGUGAUGAGUGUGUGCCAAGUGUGCGGUUCCUACCAGUGUCCAUAUUGUCCUGUCUUCAGCCAUAGCAUAACUAUGCAAUGGAAUAUAUUUUUGACAUAUUCCUGCUUUUUACUCUCAUUUUAUUUUCUACUUAAAGAAGUUCCUUAGUGAAAUGCAACUUUCAUUUUAUUUCAAGAGAUUCCACCAUCAAAAAUUACGAAAUCUUAUUAGCCGUGCAUCUAUUAAAGAAGAAGAGGAAAAUUUUCAUACUGAAAAUCACAAUAACUGUUCUGUUUUAGAUAUGUCACGUAUAAUAUUUGUGUGUCUAAAAUCUGUGUUAAUUAAAACGUUAUUUUAUUAUAUAAUUGCCAUUGGGAAUUCAGAUAAGAAGAAAGUCAGGCCAAUUUUUGCGUUGGUGCAGAUAUUGGGAAUCCGCAUAUGAAGAGUGUCAGGCCAAUUUUUACGCUAGUGCUGCUAUUUGGAAUCUGGAUACAAAGAGUGACAGGCCAAUUUCAACGCUAGUGCUGCUAUUCGGAAUCUGGAUACAAGGAGUGACAGGCCAAUUCUUACGCUAGUGCUGCUAUUGGGAAUCUAGAUACAAUGAAUUACAGACCGACUUUUAUGAGUUUUACAAUUGUAAGUUUCAAUGAGUUUUUCAAGUGUAAUGAAUUUAAGUGUUUUCAUAAGCAUGGAGUUCCUGAAAAGUUAUUCUGAUUUUACAUUAUUAUGUUACUUUUGAUUGGCAAAAUUUAUAUUAUGCUUGAAUUGGACCUUUUCUAAUGUUUUUAAAGACCUGGACAUAUUUUUAAUGGGGAAAAUAACUGAGCCAAAUAAUCAGGCCAUUAGUCAUAUUUGAGAGAAGAAAAUUGUUGCUAGUUUGGAGAAAAGUAUUUCAAUUUCCUUUUGUGUAAUAUAAAUUGUACAUAAGAAUUUUCUAAUAAAAUUUAAAUAUGGACUUUACCGAAAAUGUUUUUCGGAAUUUAUACAAACUUUUAUAAUUUUAUGAGUAAAAACGCAAAACUAAUAUUUAUGCAACGGUGACUAUCACCCGCUAAAUUGCUUUUUUUUAAAACAACAUUAUCACGUUACUAAGCUUUAAUUUAAAUUAUAUCUAAAUAAAGCUUAUAUUAUUCACUUUGUUAUAAUUUUUAUUUUGCAAAUUUCCAAGUUGUUUUUAAAAUUGAAUUUCGAGUUGAAUUUCGUAUUUAAAAUUUAUUCAUCUAAAAUUUGAAUUACUAAUACGUGCAUAUAUAAAUAAGUAAUUUACACUAAAAGAUGAAUAAAACGGAAAAAAUUUUACCAAAAUCAUUACCAAAGCACGUCGGUAAAAGUUACUGUCCCUUUUUUAGUUCCCAUAGAGACAAAAACACGGUAAAUUUUACCGUAUUCUGGCAGUUUUGACCAUGCUUUUAUGCUCAGUGUUCUUUGCAAGAAUGAAACAAAAAGACAUUGUAAAAAAUGAGUGAAUUUAUUUUAUGAUGUAUAAUGAUCUAUGUACAUAAAGUAAUUUACACUAAAAGAUGAAUUUUUCAUAAACUCAUAAAAAAUAUCUCAAAAAUCUGUAUAAUAUAACAAUUGUGUGGCACAUUAUAUUUCAGCUAAAUCGUGAUAGCAACAUUUGUAGAAAUCAUCCUUAAAAGUACUGCAGUUUUGUUUUCACCACAAUCUGUUAUCAUGUUAGCAAACAAUGCAGAACCUGUAAAUAAAAAAUAUUACUCAAUGAA